AUGCCAUUCCACAUCCCUCACCAUCACCAUACCGUCUCCGAUCCUCAGUAUAACCACGACAACCUGUACAGCACUGCGAACGCCAUCUACUCCGCUGGCCAGACUCUGAGCUCCGUCGGCGCCCCGAUCCCUCAAUACCUCGACAACAACCCAAACACGCCCACCACGGCGCCCGACGCCAGAUCCUACCUCCCUCAAUCCCAACCGAACGCGAACGGUAAUGGCACCGUGAUUCCAUAUCGCCCUGGUCCUGCUCCGUCUGCCUACCAGAGUGUACAAGAGGGCCAGCCCGGCCACUACCAGCCAGGGCUGAGGCGGUCCCUGACGGUUGGGCGCCAACAGGCCGACGAACUGCACCUGAACCAGCAAGGCAGUGCGAUGAGCGACGUCCACCACUAUGGCGCCCCGCCCGCAUACGCCGGGGAUGGAUUGUCAAUAAAGAUCGAGCCGUCGACACCUCAGCAUCCCCCCAGCGCCGCCAGCCAGCCCAUUCCCGGCACCUUACAACCAGGCAGUCUGGCGAGCAGACCAGCGCCCUUGGGAGCCAGCGGCACGGCCCCGUCUUUACCUACCUUACCCCAGAUAGCGACACAGUUACAGCAGCCUUCUCUAUCCGCGAGACCGAUGACCUUGAACCAUACCCAUUCGUACUCGAGAUCCAGCCCCGGCGCCAUGGAUCAGCCCAAGUACAAGCCCUUUUCGAAUACGCCAGAACAGUCGAAAUUCCCGUCGGCUCCAAACUCAUACAUGCCACAAACUCCUCUCGGACCUUCUUCAUAUUCUCCCCUGGGCCUUGCAGACAUUAGACAGAGGACGGACACCACCUUUUCAGACACGCCUUUCAGUCCCGGCGUGACCCAGGAGAGUGAGGACUCACCAUAUCCCCAGAAUAGCAAUUACAACGCCCCUUGGCCUAUAUAUGCCGUGGACUGGUGCAAGUGGCCGCCGCGGUCAGGGAGUGGGUCAUCCGGAAAGGUGGCUAUCGGAAGUUAUCUGGAGGACAACCACAAUUAUAUACAAAUACUAGACACACAGAGGACACAGACAGACCCAGAUAACCCGCAUGGUGAACGAGGAUUGGAGUUCAUCAAAACAGCAGAAGCAACCCAUGCAUAUCCUGUGACAAGGAUCCUGUGGGAGCCUCCGUCGUCGAACAAGCAGACCACCGACCUGCUUGCAACUUCUGGCGACCACCUGCGGCUAUGGUCACUACCGAACGACCAGCACUCAUACCAGACGAAUUCAAUCACGCGGUCUGCGAGCACAAAAACGCCGCCGUUACAGAAGUUAUCUCCGCUCGCUUUGCUGUCAAAUUCAAAGUCUCCCGAACACACCGCGCCGAUCACGUCCCUGGAUUGGAAUGUUGUUCAACCAUCUCUCAUCAUUACUUCAUCGAUAGACACCACAUGCACAAUCUGGGACAUUCCCACUCUGACGGCCAAGACUCAGCUCAUCGCUCAUGACAAGGAGGUGUACGAUGUGCGAUUCUGCGCAAACAGCGUUGAUGUCUUUGUCUCGUGUGGUGCGGACGGUAGUGUGAGGAUGUUCGACCUGCGAAGUCUCGAGCACAGCACGAUCAUUUACGAGCCUUCGGAGAAGCAACAACAGCAGGAGAAGAACUCCCUCCCAUUUCCUCCUCCUCUCCUUCGCAUCGCUGCUUCACCCCACGACGCACACCUUCUUGCCACAUUCAGCCAAGACUCGCCUGUAAUCCGAGUCCUUGACGUCCGCCAACCUGGGCAAGCACUCCUCGAACUCAAGGGUCACGGCGCGUCGGUGAAUUGCAUUGAUUGGAGCAACACUCAGAGAGGGGUGCUUGCGUCUGGCGCGGAUGACUGUUGUGUGUUGCUGUGGGAUUUGAUGGGAAGCAGUGCCAGUACGGCUGCCCCCGGUGGCGGCGCUGGACAAGGUGCCACUGCCGGACAGGGUCAGGGCCAGGAACGAGGGCCGAGUGCCGUGUGGGAGUGUAAGUUUGAGGUUAGCAAUUUGAGUUGGGCGCCCACGAUGGGGACAUUGGGAGUCUGUGGUGGACGAGGGUUCUGGGGUGUGCAAUUAUGA